AUGCCAAAAAUCCCUGCUGAGCCCCUGCUCUUUACCCCUCAGCCCAAACGUCGUAAAAUGAGCCAAUAUAGUCCACGUAGUGAACGUAAGCUUCCAAUUCCUCUUUAUUCUGAAAAUGAAUUCAAAGAUUACAUGCUUAAUCCUCAUAACUUAAAACCAAACUUUAAUUGUGUUGUUAAAUCAAUAGUUAGUCUCUCCUUUGGAAUUGAACAUCUUGAUCGUGUCAAAAAACAAAUUAACGAAUAUUUAGAAACUCUACAACCAAUUAAUUCUUCAAUGAAGCAGAUUGUAGACCUUAUUCUGGUGGCUGCUCGGUCUCCUUUUGUUAUAAUCGAAAUUUUAUUCAAUUCAUUUUUCAAAUUGUCCGAAAAGGUUACUCCAGAUGCCCACCAAAUAUCGCUAAUUACUGAGUCAUUCAAUGAUUACGUUAAUGAUUUUACAAUACUUUAUCCAAAUGAUUUCAAAGAAUCUAUUCAUAAUAUCCAAAGCAAACUUAAGCUCUACUGCUUAGAUGAAUGA